GUGUUGUAGAUAACAACAGGAGUGUACCGUGAGUUAUUUAUUUUAUGACAUAUGUGGGUCUCAAGUUAACAUACUGAUAGUGGCCCAGCAUGUAGGCGCCACAGCCCAGUCAAUGGAUACAGGUACAGUCUCUCCACAGGAUGACCGACUUCUCACACAUGUGUAUUUGUUUUUGGGGGCGGGGACUAGAGCGGCUGCAGCCACAGACAGAUAGCGCAGUUAGAGGAGGGGAGUGUGCGGGGAGCGUGAUCCGAAGGAGGAGGAUUGGGAUCGGCACCAGGAAGAAGAAAGUGACUCGGCGGUGGCAGGGCAUUUGAAGAAACGAAACUGACAGAUAAAACCAGUCAGAUUCCUGUCAGAAAGAAUCAAAGAUGAUGGAAUCAGAGAAGGAACUUGUGGCCAAAAUGUUGCGGGCAGUAUUGCAGGCCAACAAAAAUGGGGUACCUCUACACAAAUUACAGGCAGAGUACAAAUCAUUCACUGGAGAACCAAUUCCCUUCAAGGAUAUGGGAUUUCCUGCACUGGAUGCAUACUUGAAAAGCAUUCCAUCAGUGGUGCGAAUUGAAGUCAGCCGUGUUGGUGAGGUUACUUGCUAUGCUGUAGCCUGCAAAGAAACUGCCCGAAUUGCAGAGCUUGUUGCCCACCAGAGAAGCUCAAAAAAGAAAGGUGGACAUCAAGUGAACUGUCAAAUGAGACUUAAAUCUACUGCUCCCGUCUCUCAUUUUGGAAAGCCUAAAAUAACAUUAAGGCAACCUGGUUUCACUCCUCCACAAGAGAUGAUGAUAAGAAAACCCGUACCUACACCCCCAUGGGGUAAAGGGAAUUAUUUUGGUCCCCGGACAUUUGAAUAUUCACCACAGCCUAUUCCUCAGUUGUUUGGUGUUGCACCAAUGCAAAGGCACCUACCAAAUAUGAACAGGCCUGAGAGGAAAGUAACACUACCACCCCGAUUUCAGAGGGAGGUUAAGUCACCCCUAUUGCCCACUCCUAUUACCGAUUCAAAUGCCAAUCAUACACAGAGUUACAAAAGAGUUGUAAUUGGCAGUGGUCAGUCUGACCUCCCUGUGAUUCAAAAUAACCUGAAAGAGCUUCUGAACAAGCACAGUAAUGGUUUAUGGCUAUCGAAGUUGCCUCAGUUAUACAAGGAGACCUACAAGCAGGAUUUGGGUGGAGAAGUGUUAAAACAGGUUCCAAGUUGGACACACAUAUGCACGGAGAAAUUGCAAAACUGCAGAAGCAAGUCUAGAGUGUUUCGCAUGCGUCAAUGCCAAUACCGAAGGAAUGUCCAGGUUCAGAAACUUGUAAGCAGUGGCCAUACAGAAAUAGUUAUUUAUGCAACUACAAGAAAACAACAGCCCUCUACAAAGAAUAUUCAAAAUCGCAGUAAUGACCAAGCAAAACCAAAUGUGCCUGUUGUUCUUUCAACCCCAUCAUCACCGCCACCUCUGCAGAUUUCAGGCAGUAUCCCCAAAGAUGAACUUAAAGAAAAAAUUUCAACCAUAUUGACUAAGUAUAGCAAUGGUCUUUGGUAUCAUGCUUUACCCAAAGUCUUUGAGGACAUGUUCAAGCAGAAAUUGCCCAUUGAAGCUUUUAAUUUAGAUUCCCUUACUGACAUUUGCACGGUUGACCUUAUUUCUGAAGAGCCCUUUAAAGCUAUCCUUUAUGGUAAAUCAGCUGAAAGGGCAGUCCAAAAUAGUAAUCCCUCAGUCAACAAUAAUAUACCACAAAAACUCCACGAUCGAGAGCCACCCUUGUGCUCAGAAGAACCUGAUAUGACUAUGGCUCCACCCCCUUUGGUCAUACCUUCUGAGGCUUCUCCCUCUGUGCUUGUUGUGGAGUUAAACAGUACUAAUGAUGUGGUUAUAAGGUAUAUUGGCCGUGACUAUUCUGCUGCUCAGGAACGUAUGGAAGAUGAACUUAAAGACUUCUGCAGCAAAAGUUCUACUGCACAGGUUCGCCCUUUAAGAGUUGGUCAGUUGGUGGCUGCAAAAGCAGAGGAAGAUGCUUGGCUGCGGGCACAGAUAUCUGCAAUAGAAGACAAAAAAAUCAAGGUCUGCUAUGUGGAUUAUGGGUUUAGUGAGACAGUUGACAUCACCAAAGUGUGUAAAUUAGGAAAACCAUUCUACACACUUCCGUUUCAAGCAACAAAAUGCAGACUUGCAGGUUUGGAAGCUUUCUGUGAUGAUAGUGUUAUCAUAAAGGCUUUGGAGGCGAAAGCUUGUGGAAAGAUACUGGCAGUCGAAAUACUGCACAAGAGUGAAAAGCCUCUGGUUGUUCUUUAUGAUACCUCAGGGGAUGAUGACAUUAACAUUAAUGCAGCUUGUCUUAAAGAACUUUAUGACCGUUCAUUAAGUUUACAGUUGAAGGCAAAUUUGUCAUUUUCAAAUGUGACUGUGACCAAUGUUUGUUCCGAUGGAACCCUCUUUUGCCAGGUUCCCUCAAAGGGUUUGGCUAAACUGUAUGAGACUUUACAGAAAGUAGACGGUGAAUUUCAAUUUCAGCAAGUUACAUCACAUUUAUAUGUGUCCCUCCCUUUCUGUGGAAAAAUCUGCUUGUAUCACUACAAAGGAAAAUGGGCUCGUGUGGAGAUAACAAAUGUUCACAGCAGUCGGGCAUUAGAUGUUCAUUUCCUAGAUUCUGGAACAAUAGCUUCUGUGAAAGUGUCUGAACUGAAAGAAAUUCCUCCUCCUCUUCUUCGCGAUUUAAUCUCAAUUCCACCUCAGGCUCUUAAAUGCUGUUUAGCUGAUCUUCCACUCAACAUUGGCAUGUGGACACCUGAUGCAGUUCUUUGGCUAAGAAAUACAGUUUUAAAUUGCCCAGAAUGCAGUAUUAAGGUGGUAAAAAUUGAUGAAGCAAUGAAUAUGGUGCACAUUUACCUUUUUACAUCAAAUAACUUUCCGGAUCUUGAAAGGAGUAUUAACCGUCGGAUAACAAAUGAAGAGUUGUUAAAACAAAAACAGAAAGAUGUGUUUCUCAACAUGAGUGUGUCCAGUUUGGAAAAAGGUCGAGGAGGAGGUGCACCGGCAUCACAACUGUUUCCAUCAGGACCCUGUAUAUCUCCUACAAGUGUUGCAAAGAAGCCUGAUAUGCAACAAAGCAGUCCUGUUCCCUCCUUUAAUAUGCCACCAGCCCUUCCUCUUCCCAGGCCUGGUGAACACAUGGAUGUCUUUGUGUCCGUUGCUUGCCAUCCUGGCCAUUUUGUUUGUCAGCCUUGGCAGGAGUUGCACAAGCUGGAAUUAGUGAUGGAUGAAAUGCGUCUCCACUACAGUACUACAGAAGAGAAGCCAAUAGCUCUGGAAAAAAACAAGCUGUAUGCAGCAAAAAUAGAGAAUAACUGGUAUCGAGUUCUGGUGAAAGGAAUAUUAACAAAUGGUCUAGUGUCUGUGUAUGAGCUUGAUCAUGGCAGACAUGAACUUGUCAGUUGUCGGAAGGUUCAGCCUUUGAUUGAGAAAUUCAUGCAUUUGCCGUUUCAGGCCAUUACAAGCCAGCUUGCAGGGAUCAACUGUGAACAGUGGUCCGAGGAAACGUCAAUAGUUUUCAGAAACCAUGUGGAGAAAAAACCACUUGUGGCACUGGUGCAAACAAUUCAUGAGAGCACUCACCCAUGGGAGCGAAGGGUGGUGGCUUACAUUGUGGACACAACUUUGCCAGACACUGACAUUUGGAUUCAUGAACUCAUGACAGAAUAUCUUGCCCAGUUUUCCAAGCCAGAGUAAAGCUGCAUUACCAAAUGACUGCGGACUGAAGCAAUAACAAAAAUAGGAAGAUUUACUUUAGUUAACUUGAUAUUUGGCGUUUGAAAACUAAUGAACAUGAAGUUUGAGACUCUGAAACGUGUUUUUCUGUGAAAGAAAUAACAGAAGACACUUGUUUACAUUGUUAAAAGCCGUUGAUUUUUCUUAAAAAUUUGCACAUUCUUCUUUAAUGUAGCUGUAUAUUGUUAAAAUAUAGUCAGAAAAACCUUUAUUUAACAAUAAAAAUGGUUUCUGCCUGUUGAAAUAC